AUGGAUCUCCGCCGCCUCGCGGUGUUCGCGGCCGCGCUCGCCGCCCUCGCCGCCGGGUGGUGGGCCCGUAGCGCGGAGGCGUCGAUCCAUACCUACGACCGGGAGCCCUUCCGCGAGGUGGGCAACGCCUUCCUCCUCUCCGGCGGCAGCGAGGGCAUCGUCGCCGACGGGGCAGACCCCGCCGCCCCGCCAUCCUCCUUCAUCAAGUUUGUGAAUGUUACAUUUUGGAGAACCCCAGAAGCUGCGGAAUCACACACAAAAAUGGCACAUAGUACGGGCUUGGUACAGGCUAUACUAUUUGAAGCUGCAGACAGGGAUAACAUUGGGGGAUCUGCCUAUGGCGGACAGAGGUCCAUAUGUUGUACCCCGGACCUUGCUAAACUAGAGGGCUGCAAGCAAGGGGAAGUAAUCAGGAGGCCGUCCUCUGAUGAUCCAGAUUGGCCCCUACGUGCUAGAACGCACUUCAGCGCUAAUCACCUUUCAGUGAAGUUAGAAGAUGAGCCAAUGCGCAUUACAAAGACAGGCAUGUACAACUUGUUCUUCAUAUCCUGUGAUCCAAAACUGAGAGGCCUUACUAUGAGUGGGAAGACUAUCUGGAAGAAUCCUGGUGGGUACCUACCGGGACUUAAUGGCUCCUUUGAUGAAAUUUUAUGUUCUCAUGUCGCUGGCGUAUCUGUUGCAGUGGUGUGCGGCCAGUUGGAAUCACAACUUGGGUGGUCACUGUUGGAGCUAUCAGGAAAACAGUUCGCGUCUACUCAUCCUUUCUAUCUCAAUGGGUUAUGGUGUUGUUCGUCCAACUUUGGGAGGUCUCACUUCCAAGGCAAAGCAAGGCUUUUCCUGGUCCUUCCUGAUGCAUUUUUGGAUGCUUUUCUCAUACUUUGGAUUUUCACUUCUCUUUCCCGCACUCUAGAGAAGCUACAGGCAAGGAGGAGUUCCGUGAAAUUGGAUAUAUACAGAAAGUUUACAAAUGCAUUGACUGUUUCUGUGAUAGCUUCAGUUGCCUGGAUUGGUUAUGAGGUCUAUUUUAAAGCGACAGACCCCUUCAGUGAGAGGUGGCAGAGUGCCUGGAUCAUAACUGCCUUCUGGGAUGUUCUUGCGUUUGUGUUGCUUCUUGUGAUUUGUUAUCUGUGGGCACCAUCCCAAAGCUCACAAAGAUAUGCAUAUUCAGGUGAAGCUGCUGACGAUGAUGAUGAGGAAUCUCAAUCUCUGACGAAAGGAGAUGGUGAAGUAGGGAUGGUAAAGAUUGACAAGGACAGAACCGCUGGUGUUAGUGGUGCUUUCAGCUUAGAAGAUGAGGCUGAGGAGGACAAGCGGGAAUAG